ACUUCCGUUUCCGGUUCUUAAUUCCGGAAGUUGCUUUCUGAGGUGCCGUAAGGGUUCGUGUGGUCUCGGUGAACUUCUACCAUGGCUUACCGUGGCCAGGGCCAAAAAGUGCAGAAGGUGAUGGUGCAGCCCAUCAACCUCAUCUUCAGAUAUUUGCAAAAUAGAUCCCGGAUUCAGGUGUGGCUCUAUGAGCAAGUAAAUAUGCGGAUAGAGGGAUGUAUUAUUGGUUUUGAUGAGUACAUGAACCUCGUAUUAGAUGAUGCAGAAGAGAUUCAUUCUAAAACAAAGUCAAGAAAACAACUGGGUCGGAUCAUGCUAAAAGGAGAUAAUAUUACUCUGCUACAAAGUGUUUCCAACUAGAAAUGAUCAAUAAAGUGAGAAGUUGUUGAGAAGGCAAUCCAUUUUUUUUUUAGAUGUCCCUUGUAAGAAGUGUAGUUCUAAAACAUUUGCUCAUAUUGUUUUGAUUACCCUUAUGUUAUUACCAGAUCACAAUAAAUGCUGUGGGAUUGUUUUUGUUUAAAA